AUGAAAAAUCCCGCUCAAAGAGCUCAUAUCUACUUCAAAGCCAAGCCACUAGUGGACCAAUACACAAAAGAUCCUAACAAUUUCGAGGAUUUUUGUAAGGCAUAUGAAAAAAUUAUCAACGAAGAAGUUGAAAAGGCACGUUUGAUGGCAGAUCCAACAAGUGCCGAGGGUCAACGUCUAAUUCAAGAACAAAUUCAACUUGAAAAUAUUAAUUACUCAUACGCUCAAGCAUUGGAACAUACUCCUGAAGCGUACAUACCUGUUCACAUGUUGUACAUACGAAUGGAGAUAAAUGGACACCCUGUGAAAGCGUUUGUUGACUCGGGAGCUCAAGUCUCAAUUUUAUCGGAAGCAUGCGCGCAGAGAUGUGAACUCUCUCAUCUAAUUGACAAGCGUUUCACUGGAACAGCCAGAGGCCAAGUGAAAGUGGAAGAUCACUUUUUUCCAUGUAAUUUUGAUGUCAUGACUGACCGAGAAAUGGAUCUUUUGCUUGGUUUGAAUAUUUUAAAGCGCCAUCGAUGCAACAUUAAUCUCAAAACCAAUAUGCUGGAAAUGGGUGACGGGACAAAAACACCAUUUUUGUCUGAAGCAGAGAUUCAUGCACAUUUAGAAGAUCUAGCCGAAUCA